GCGCCAGUGGGCGGGGCGAGGUUUCGGCGCAUGAGCGGCUGCAGUCUUCCCAGCAUCCUCCAGCGCAAGAUGGCUCCGUGGGAAUUUCUUUCCUUGUCCGUCUGAGGAAACGCUAAGUGCCUGCAUCCGCUUCCGUGUUCCAGCUCCGCGUUGUUCCACAAGAUAGCAGAGGCUGAGCCCCGACGGGUGCGAUGGCCGCCGUGGUGGCCAAGCGGGAAGGGCCGCCGUUUAUCAGCGAGGCAGCUGUGCGGGGUAACGCCGCGGUCCUGGAUUAUUGCCGGACCUCAGUGUCAGCGCUGUCGGGAGCCACGGCCGGCAUCCUUGGUCUCACCGGCCUCUACGGCUUCAUCUUCUACCUGCUUGCCUCCAUCCUGCUCUCCCUGCUCCUAAUUCUUAAAGCGGGAAGGAGGUGGAACAAAUAUUUUAAAUCACGAAGACCUCUCUUCACAGGAGGUCUCUUUGGAGGCCUCUUCACCUACGUCCUGUUCUGGACAUUCCUCUAUGGCAUGGUGCACGUCUACUGAAAUGGGGGGCAGGGAUGACUUUUUUUAAAAACCAGAUUGGGAGGACUGUUGCUAGAAAUUAACACCGUGUAGACUUAGUUUUUAAAUUGUUGAAUUCGCUGCUUGUUCUGUAAUGUUAUAAUUUAUAUCUGAAGAUGAAGAGCCUGUAAUAUUCUUCAGAUUAAAUGAAGCGUGAGACAC